AGACUGAAGACCUUCAGCCACACAGUAGCACCUCUCUCUGUCUCUCUCGCUCUCUCUUUCUGCCGGGGAACCAUGAAGAUGCUGGUGAUUCUUGUGCUGCUGGGACUGGCCUGUUUCUCCCACAUUGCACCUUCAGAUGCCGUGAUACAUCGAGACCCAAAAGAUGACUGCUGUGUAAAAUUCUCUUCAAAUAAAAUUCCAUUAUGCAGGGUGACGUCGAUCACACCAACCUCAAGCACCUGCACCCCCAAAGCAGUGGUAUUUACAACUGUUGCCAACAAGACGAUUUGUGCCUUGGCCAACCAGCACUGGGUGAUGAGCCGUAUUGCAGCGUUUCAGUCAGGUGCACCAAGAAAAACAUGUCCCUGA